CCUCGCAGGAGAAUGUUCCCAACAUUUCAAGUGAAGAUCUUUGGCAUGGAUCCCAUGGCUGACUAUAUGCUCCUAAUGGACUUUGUGCCGGUCGAUGACAAGAGAUACCGGUAUGCCUUUCACAGUUCCUCUUGGUUAGUGGCGGGGAAGGCAGACCCAGCUACACCAGGGAGGGUUCAUUAUCACCCAGACUCGCCGGCCAAGGGCGCUCAGUGGAUGAAACAAAUUGUCUCCUUUGACAAGCUAAAACUAACCAACAACUUACUGGAUGACAACGGGCAUAUCAUCCUGAACUCGAUGCACAGAUACCAGCCGCGUUUCCACGUGGUUUACGUCGACCCGAGAAAAGACAGUGAGAAAUACGCCGAGGAGAACUUUAAAACGUUCCUGUUUGAAGAGACGAGAUUCACUGCGGUCACGGCGUAUCAGAACCACCGGAUCACUCAACUGAAAAUCGCAAGCAAUCCAUUUGCAAAAGGAUUUCGAGACUGUGACCCUGAAGACUGGCCGAGGAACCACAGACCAGGCUCCUUGCAGUUAAUCAGCGCGUUCACCAG